AUGGUAGCAGCGCACACUUCUUCACACUCGUCGGAAUCUGCCGAGUGGAUUAUUUGUCUGGACAAGAGACCAGCAGAACGCUCUGGGGAAGAUGUUGACAUAAUCCUUGCACGUCUGAAAAAUGUGAAGGCCUUCGAGAGGUUCCACCCCAGUUUGCUGCAGCGGAUUUGCCUGUGUGGAUUCUAUGAGUGUCUGGAGAAAGGCAUCACCUUGUAUCGCCAAGGAGACAUUGGCACCAGCUGGUAUGCCAUCCUCUCUGGUUCACUGGAUGUUAAAGUAUCUGAGACAUCACGUUAUCAGGAUGCUGUUACAAUAUGCACACUGGGGACUGGCAGGGCGUUUGGAGAGUCAAUCCUCGAUAACACCCCCCGACAUGCCACCAUUGUUACACGGGAAUUCAGUGAGCUACUACGCAUUGAGCAGAGGAAUUUCAGGGCUCUGUGGGAGAAAUAUCAUCAGUGCAUGGCGGGCCUCCUUGCCCCACCCUAUGGUGUGAUGGAAAGUGGUUGUACUGCUGACAGAAUGCCAGACAAAGAGAACACAAGCAACAAGUCAUUUGUUUCAGUCUCCAAACAUCAGAAUAAGAAGUCAUUCAUUGAAAGUCCAGCCAAACCCCACCUCAAAUGCAUUUCUCAGGUGCCCUCAGAGAAGAUCUUGCGGGCCGGGAAGAUUCUCCGUAACGCCAUCCUCUCCAGUGCGCCUCACAUGAUCAGAGAUAGGAAGUACCAUCUGAAAACCUAUAAGCAGUGUUGUGUGGGGACAGAGUUGGUUGACUGGCAAUUGCAGCAGAGCUCAUGCGUCCACUCUCGUAUUCAGGCUGUGGGCAUGUGGCAGGUGCUGCUGGAAGAAGGUGUUCUCAACCAUGUCGACCAGGAGCUGAACUUCCAGGACAAGUACCUCUUCUACCGCUUCCUGGACGAUGAACAGGAGGAUGCCCCUUUGCCCAGUGAGGAAGAGAGACAGGAGAGCCAAGAGGAGCUGCAGGACACCCUGCUCCUCCUCUCGCAGAUUGGACCUGACGCCCACAUGAGGAUGAUUCUGCGGAAGCUUCCAUCUGAAAGAACAGCAGAUGAUUUAGAAAUCAUUUAUGAAGAGCUGCUCCACAUAAAGGCCUUAUCUCAUCUAUCCACCACUGUAAAGAGAGAACUGGCAGGAGUGCUGAUCUUCGAGUCGCAUGCAAAGGCAGGAACAGUGUUGUUUAAUCAGGGGGAGGAGGGCACAUCAUGGUACAUUAUUCUGAAGGGUUCAGUCAAUGUCGUCAUCUAUGGAAAAGGUGCUGUUUGCACGCUUCAUGAGGGAGAUGACUUUGGGAAACUGGCUCUUGUCAAUGACGCCCCCCGCGCUGCUUCCAUUGUCCUGCGAGAGGACAACUGUCACUUCCUGAGAGUAGACAAGGAGGACUUCAACAGGAUUUUGAGGGAUGUGGAGGCCAACACGGUGCGUCUGAAGGAGCAUGGUCAGGAUGUUCUGGUGUUAGAGAAGAGUCUCAGCAGCAGUCGAUCUUCCGUCCAGGGAGCCUCGUCCUCCCAUUACAAAUACAAGGUAAUGUCGGGGACGCCGGAGAAGAUUUUGGAGCACCUCCUUGAAAUGAUGCGACUGGAUUCUCAAUUCACAGAGUCAGACUCAGCUUUAGAUGACUUUGUGCUCAUGCACUGUGUCUUCAUUCCAAACAGUCAACUAUGUCCGGCGUUGAUGGCCCACUACCAUGCCCAGGCCUUGCAGGGCUCCGAACAGGAGAAGGUGGAUUACACACUCAACAACAAGCGCAGGGUGAUCCGCCUGGUGACGCAGUGGGCAGCUGUACACGGAGAUCACCUGCAGGAGGAGGAUGUCUCGGUGGCCUUCCUAGAGGAGUUUCUCGUGGCGGUAAAUAAUGAUGCCAAAAUGAUUCCAGCCCUCAGGGAUCAGCUAGCAGAGCUGGAGAGAAUUGUAAAGCGCAACAGUGAAGAUGCCAGAGUCUCACAGAAAAAGCACAAAGUCCUACUGCGGCAGUUCAGUAUGGGAGAUGAGAAGCUUCAGAAACAUCAGCCCAUUGAGAGUACUGAUGAAAUUCUAUUCAAAGUCUACUGCCUCGACCAUACCUACACCACAAUCCGGGUCCCCGUGGCCACCUCAGUCAGGGAGGUCAUUGGUGCGGUGGCCGACAAGCUGGGGUCAGCAGAGGACCUGCUCCUGGUCAACCUCAGUUCGGCAGGAGAGAAAGUGAUCCUCAAGGCCAACGAUGUUUCGGUGUUCUCCACUCUCAGCAUAAAUGGACGGCUGUUUGCCUGCCGAAGGGACCAGUUGGACUCUUUGACCCCGUUACCUGAGCAGGCGGGUCCGUCUAUAGGAUCACUGGCCAGUUUUGAGUUGAUGAGCUCCAAGGAUGUGGCUUACCAUAUGACCUCCUAUGACUGGGAGCUUUUCCACUGUGUACAUGAGCUUGAACUCAUCUACCACACGUUUGGGAGGCAAAACGUCAACAAAACCACCGUGAACCUGGAUCUGUUCCUGAGGAGGUUUAAUGAAAUUCAGUUCUGGGUGAUCUCAGAGAUGUGUCUGUGUUCUCAGCUCAGCAAGCGGGUGCAACUUCUCAAGAAGUUCAUCAAGAUUGCUGCCCACUGUAAGGAGUACAGGAAUCUAAACGCCUUCUUUGCUGUCAUUAUGGGCCUGAGUAACCCAGCAGUGAGCAGGCUGAGUCAGACCUGGGAGAAACUUCCCAGCAGAUUCAAGAAGUUUUACAGUGAAUUUGAAAACUUGAUGGACCCGUCCAGGAACCACCGAGCGUACCGACUGACAGUUGCCAAGCUGGAGCCUCCCAUCAUUCCCUUCAUGCCGCUGCUGAUCAAAGACAUGACAUUCACUCAUGAGGGCAACAAGACAUUUAUUGACACUUUGGUCAAUUUUGAAAAAAUGCGAAUGAUAGCUAACACAGUGAAGAUAGUGAGAUACUGUAGGAGCCAGCCGUUCUGUCCAGAUUCACCUCUGGCGAGCAAGACCCACUCAGAAGUUCGGACUUACGUUCGUCAGCUCAACGUGAUCGACAACCAAAGAACGCUAACUCAGCUCUCGCAUGGACUUGAGCCUCGCAGGUCUUGAAACCACUCAGGGACAGAAAUGCUACACUUUUAAUGCUGCUUCAUGUUCUUACAUUGGGUUGAAUUUACUCCAAUAAAGGCAAUCACGCCAAGGACCUAAAGACGUAUCACAUGAUGAGAUAUUGUUUCAGAUGCCAUUGCCUGACUUGUUAAGCCUUUUAUUUACAGUAAUUUGUCAUAUUUUAACAACAGUAAUGUAUUUGUUGGCGAGUGAAGUACCUCUCAUAUCACUGUGCUGCAGAUAUCACCAUCACCUCCAACUCAAAAAGGAGGGACAAUUCAAGAAAUCAAAGAUCUUUGGGGGAUCUCAUUCAUCAUAUUAUUGUGCAACAUUUCUGAUGUAAACACUAUGUGAUACUGAUGAUUUAAAAACGCAAAGUCUCAAGUGAAAGUCAGUUGUUUCAUAACUUUUGUAUCAAACAAUGUUUCUACAUAUAUAAAUUUGUGAGAUUCUUAUGUGUUGUAAAUUGUGUACAAAUAUUUAUUUUGACAUCAGCAUGCAAAGGAUUAUGAUUGUUUGACUUUUUAUUCAUGUGAGCACAUUUCUCUUGUCUGAAUGUCU